GGUGCAUCUUCCUCUUCUAAAAGAGAAUGCCAAGAAAAAGACUGAUAGUGAUGAGUUUCCAUGUACUUCAAACUCUGGUUCUUGUCCUGCAAAGCAUAUUGAUCCCCAGUCAGAUAACCAGAGGCAAAAAGACCAGUCUGAAAAGCCAGUUCCCAGCGCUGUGACUGAAGCUCUCUCUUUGACUCGAUAUUCACAUGUAUUCAAUCAGGAUAAUUGCGGUAUUACCUCUGGUUACCCUGAAGGACAAGACACUGAAAACCAUUUGGAUGCAGAUAUAAAAAAUGAAGACCACAGCAUCAAAACACAAAAUAUUUUAGUAACCACUGAGAACGUAAGUGUUAUAUACAUAGGCCACAGUUUAGAUAAUUCCAAUCCUUAUUUCAGCCUAAAUGAAAUAGUGCCAAUAUCAGGUGAAGAAUGUGAACAUUAUUGCCCUUCAAAACAUCCAGAGAUUUUGAAGGUCAAGAACUGGAAAAAUAAUUUAACAAAAAGGGGUAGCCCUCAAAUGCAUGUAAGUAACAUAGAAGUGAAACCUGAUCAUAUUAUAAGUGUAAAUAAUGAUAUGUCUAUUGAGCAUGGAACUGAUGAUGGAGAUUCAAGUUUACAAACCUUGAUAGAACAGCCUGUGUUGGUGACUGCUGUUCCUAAUGCUUUAAUGAAUCUUGAACAACCUGAAAGCAGGAGUUGUACAUUGGCUGAUGUGAAAGUUCCAGCAUCUCAAGCCAAUGAGAGCAAUAUUACUGAAGUGGCUCCCGUUGUUAAUAUUAUAUAUGGAUGCAGCAGAUCAACCCAAGCUUCCACGCACUCUGCACCAAGAAAGAACAGGCCAUCCAACUUAAGCCAAAGCUUCAACAUAUUUGCUCACAAAGACAAUGACAGAAAUAGAGUGAACUGCAGCAAAACAGACACUGCUUUAAAAACGAAAGUGGGUGUCAAGAUGUCUCAAGACUUUAUUGUUUUGGGCAAGAGUUCUAUCCAAUGCCAGACUAAAAAGAUAAAGAAUUCAAUUUCCUAUUCUCUGGGAUUUUCUUCUGAAGACACUGGAAUUUUGUCAAAGCUUAAGAAAAAGCACCCUGAGCAGACGAAGCACCACUUCAACCAGAGCAGUCAGAAAUCCCUAAAGCAGAGACUUCCUUCUAUUUCCAAUAACUCUGUAACUUCAGGGGAAAGCAAUGCUCCUUCUCCCAUCAGACAAGCACAUUCAGCAAAAGACUCAAUGGAUUUGAAAUACAGUGACAUGUUCAAGGAAAUAAAUACAGGUGACAAAGGUCCUGGCAUUUAUGAAAUGUUUGGGACUCCAGUAUACACCCGUGAACCCACCAGACAUGAAAACCUGUCCUGCAGGAGUGUGCAUUCUGCUCCGACUGGGAGGCGCAAUGUAAGAAAACACAAAUCUAACAAUUUCAGUGGAAAGACAAGCAAUGGAAAAAGAAACUCCCCAAAGAAAAUAUACCCAAAGCCACACAAGAUCUCCUUUGGCACCAAACAGAAGAAGGAAUAUUUGGUGUCCAAAGAGACAUCUGAAGUGGAAGGCAGCUCUCUUGCAAAGAAUAACAAUGCAAUAAUCUCAUGUGAAAGAGGGCCAAUAGAGACUGAAGGGAACAUUUCUGAAGAUGUUCAUCGGCAAGCUCUGACUUCCACUGAAUUGCCAAGAUCUGCUAAACAGAAUGAAGUCCUUCCACAUUCAAACUUGUCAACUAUUGAAGAAGUCUCAUUGGAAAACAUGUCAGAUGUGGUUGUUAACAAAACACGUGUUACCAAUGCUCAGGAAUUCCUCUGGCCAGAGAUUAAAGUCCAUGCAGAAUACGCUCCUUUUUUAAGCUACGUGAAAGAUACCAAUGAAUAUAUGGAUUUAGGGGAAAGCAGAAACAUAAGGGAGGUAGGAACUGAAGUAAGUUCCGUGUGCCUUGAGGAAGCGAAAGCAAAGCAAGACUUGUGCUAUGGAGAUAAUCAAGAAAAUCCCUCUGGGUUGUCUUUCCCAGAGGCAGCAAAGUCACCUGCACAAAACCUUCCACCUGAGAACAUCAGCUUAGUAAAUGUAUCACCUCAACAGACUUGGCAUUCUGCAGACUCCAUUUCCGAGACAUAUUCAAAUAUCCUGCCCUGUGAAAAAAGUGAAGUAUCAGAAGACUUAUUUUGUUGCUCAGUCACUGAACUACUCUCUCUUGGAAGUGCAGAUAGCAACUGUACUAGAGCAGUUGCCAAGAAUUCAAAAAAACAAGUAUCCAGUGGAGAUGCAGAAAGUAAAGAAGAUGGUACAGCAAUUGAAAGAAAAAGGAGACACACCUGGCCAGAUUUCCUGGAACCCAGUAGAGAACACACCUUUCAAAAUAUGGCUGCAUUUUCAGAAAACAAUUUAACUAAUGAAGAUUCCGUCCUGUGGACCAAAGGUGAAAUCCUUGGAAAAGGAGCCUAUGGCACAGUCUAUUGUGGACUUACCAGCCAAGGGCACCUGAUUGCUGUGAAGCAAGUCCCACUGAAUAUCCAUGACCAAACUGGGAAUGAAAAAGAGUACCAGAAACUUCAAGAAGAAGUCGAGAUACUGAAAAAUCUAACACACAUCAACAUUGUAGGUUAUUUGGGGACAAGUUUGGAAGAUAGCAUAGUGAGCAUCUUUAUGGAGUUUGUUCCUGGGGGUUCAAUUUCCAGUAUCAUUCAUCGAUUUGGGCCAUUACCUGAAAUGGUCUUUUGCAAAUACACCCAACAGAUUGUACAAGGGGUUGCCUAUUUGCAUGAAAAUGGUGUCGUCCACAGAGAUAUUAAAGGCAACAACAUUAUGCUUAUGCCCAAUGGUGUUAUCAAGCUGAUAGACUUUGGCUGUGCUAAGCGCUUAGCGUAUGCAAGCCUGACUAAUACCCACAGCGAACCACUCAAAUCAGUCCAUGGCACUCCUUAUUGGAUGGCACCAGAAGUGAUCAAUGAAUCUGGCUAUGGAAGAAAAUCAGAUAUUUGGAGCAUUGGCUGUACUGUUUUUGAGAUGGCUACAGGAAAGCCGCCAUUGGCUUCCAUGGACAGGAUCGCUGCCAUGUUUUAUAUUGGUGCUCACAGAGGACUUAUGCCUUCACUACCCAGGCAUUGCUCAAAAAAGGCAACGGAUUUUGUUCAUCUGUGUUUAACCAGGAAUCAGUUUGACCGGCCAACAGCUGUACAGUUACUGCAACAUUCUUUCAUAACAACAACAUCACAAAGCCUGAAAUAAAUGUUAGAC